AUUGCUACUUUUUAUGUCCGAAAAAUUAAAAAAAAAAGGUUUAGUGAAAAACCGAAUUUAACGUGGACAAAGUCAAAUGCAUUACACGUUUUAUUGACUAAGGAAAUUUUGUUGCUUUUUCAGAAAUUCUGGGGUCCACAAAUCGACCCGCGGCUGGCGCAGUACCUCACCAACUUCCUGUUCGGCGCGGGGCAGCAGAAGUCUCCCACUGUCGACUUCAACAGGUUCGCCGAGCUCUACGUUUAUAAUGUACGAGGUACCGUAGAGGAGAGAAUGAUAGUGAUCUACAACUGUCUCGGCAUGGACUACAACGAGGAUGUGGAACUGCCCUACCAACUGUUGAAAGAGUACUGUGAAAGCAUAGUAUCGACGUACAUGAAGAUGCUGAAAUCGUCGUCCUCGAAGCGUGUGCGUUCGUGGCAGGACAAGGGUUUCCGAGCGAGCGCCUCCAACGUGCAAGCUCUGGGGGAGGCGGUGGCCGCCACCGUGGGGGGAGACCUGGACUCCCCACAGCACCACUGUACAGCAGCACAGCUGUCUAAAUGGUUGCAAACUAACGUCCUGCUGCGGCAGCUGGCCGAGCUGGUGUACGUGAACCUGUACGGCAUCAACAAGAAGCCCGGCGACGAGAGCCCCGCGCCGCUGCCGCCCGCCGCGCCCUCGCUGCUGCCCGCUGCCGACGGUCUGGAGGCGAUGCCCGACUACCCGGCCGUCAUCGACCUGUCGCACAUCGUGUGGGUGAACAGCCACCUGCCGCACAAGUACCAGCACAAGUGGCGCUUCCUCUUCUCCACCAACAUCCACGGGGAAUCCUUCUCCACUAUGACCGGUCGAAUCAUAGACCAGGGUCCGUCAGUGAUUAUCGUCGAGGACUCCUCGGGGUACAUCUUCGGGGGCUUCGCCACAGCGGCGUGGGGCUUCGGGCCCAACUUCACGGGCACGGACGAGGCGUUCCUGUUCACGUGUGCGCCCAAGAUGCGCGUGUACCCCGCCACCAGCUACAACGACCACUACCAGUACCUGAACCAUCACACCAAGACGCUGCCCAAUGGCCUGCUGAUGGGAGGCCAGUUCCAGUUCGGUGGUAUCUGGGUGAACGCGGAACCCUUUGGUGAGGGCGCCUCCGCUGAGUCCUGCAGCACUUUCCGGGGGUAUCGCCGCCUCAGCAAAGAGCCGUCAUUCAGAAUCCGCAGUCUAGAAGUGUGGGGCGUCGGGGACAAGCCGGCAUUGGACAAAGACGACGAUGAACGCGACAUGAGCAUCCUGGACACGAACCCCGAAGCGAAGGCCAUCCUGGACAUGGCAGGUCGCACGCGCCACAGUGAGGGGCUCAGGGAAGAUCCGCCGCUAUAAGCGUGACACGCAGCGCAGUUUACGGGUUAUUUUCGAGAAAAAUAUCAAUGUACGAAUAUCGUACAGUGCAUAGCACAUCUCUUCCAUAAAUGACUAGUCAUACUAUAUUGAUAUGAAAUUGUCGUCCAAAUACUAAUUGUAUACAUUUAUUUAAAUUUUAUUGGUACGGAUGAUAAGUACUGUCUAUGGAGUGAUUUAAAGAGAACCGUCUUAUGUGUGGGAUUUAGGUAACAUGAUUUUUAUGUAAUUAUGGAGGGUAGAACUGUAAGAUAGCUGCGUCGCUGUGUUUAGAAAAUAUUAAUUCAUAUCAUAUUGUUAUGUAGUUUUGCAUUUAAAUCAUUAUUUUCAAAGAGGUGUAAAUCUUAGGGCUGCAUAUCCACCAGAGCGGAGUUAGGAAGCGUAGGGGAGAAACGGAUUAAUGCGGAGCGGAGUUGCGUACUGUCUGUCCACCGGAGCGGAGCGAGGGUGCGGAGCGGAGUUGCAGACUAUGUUAAAUAAAUAAAUGUUAAAUUGAAUUGACAAAGUGUGCUCAACUCCGCUCCGCAUUAGUCCAUCUCUCCGCUAUGCUUCCUCGCUCCGUUCUGGUGGAUAGGCAGCCUUAAAGGGGUCAAAUAUUUAUUUAAUAAAUUAAUUAAUAUUUACGAGUAUGCACUUAUCGCCACUCGGAGAUUGUUUUAGCGUGUAAAUAUAUUUCCAACUUUAUUUCAACACUGGCAAAGUCAAAUUUAUCAAUUCUUAUAACAAUGACGUAGCCAAGAUUUACGUAUUUUAAUGCAAGGAUAGAUAAAGGCGUGUGUUACAUGGAUAGUCGGAAUUAUUUUAAUUACUUUGUAUGAAAACAUGAAAAGUUUUAAUUUAUUAAAUAAAAAAUAAUCGUUAUGCAGUUCGGCUCCUAUAAGUGGACUCAUCAACACCUUGAAGUUAUGGGGAAUACUCCCGAGGUCCCGAGCAUCCUGUAUAUCAUCAUUAACCACCUAAGAUGUUUUUUCGUCAAAAUAUUCGAAUGUAUUUGCUGUAUAAUAUACAUAUUGAAUUGUAUUUUACUUAUUUAUAUUGACAUAAUAUAUUUUAUGUAGGUAUAUGCGCUAGUCGUUUCGUUUUAGGUUUUAAAUUUCGAUAUAUUCCACGAAUAUUUACACGAAGCGAUGACCGUUUUGAAGCUAAUGAUGAUUGUGAUGAUUUGUAAAAAAAAUAAGCUAGUUUUGUGAAAUAUUAUAUUAUUGAUUGAAUCUUGUAAUUUUAGGACAAAGUUUGUUGUGGAUCUCGUAGAUAUGUACGAAAAAUAUAAAUAUUGGCGUAUGGCGUGACGUCAUAUGGCCAAUGUCAUCUAUCUGAUAAACACUAAUAGGCCGUAUGACAGGUAAUCGCUUAGUGUGUGCUGUAUAUCAAACCAAAACGUAAGUGCCAAGGGAUUUUGAAGCUUAUAUAUUAUGUAUAUAGGAUAGGUAGUAUAUUUAUUGUGAUUGCAUGAAUUUCGCACAAAUCUCGAUGUCGCCACAUUCCCGAAACAAAUGAUACUAACCGGCAAAACAAUGUCGAUAGCUUUUGUGAUAGCUUUUUUACUGUUUGUGUCGCUAAUUGUUGUAAUAAUAAUUAAUUUACUAGAUAUUUUGUAUUCAUUAUAAUUUAUUAAACAUUGUGCGUCAAAUAGAAUGAAGAGACUCGAAAAUAAAUAUUGUGAAAGUGAAGUGCUUUUAAAUAGAACUUUAGAAAUGGUUCUUCAUUGCUGAUUCACACUCAUCAUUAUAAACCCAUAUUCGGCUCACUGCUGAGCUCGAGUCUCCUCGCAGAAUGAGAGGGCUUAGGCCAAUAGUCCACUACGCUGGCCCAGUGUGGAUUGGCAGAUUUCGAACACGCAGAGAAUUAAGAAAUUUCUCAGGUAAUGCAGGUUUCUUCACGAUGUUUUCCUUCACCAUUUGAGACACGUGAUAUUUAAUUUCUUAAAAUGGACACUACUGAAAAGUUGUAGGUGCAUGCCCCGGACCGGAUUCGAACCCACACCUUCCGCAAUCAGAAGCAGAGGUCAUAUCCACUGGGUUAUCACGACUCUCAAUUUCAUUUCAAGAUUCUCACUCAGAAGAUACUUAAUCUUCCCACUGUCAAUCAGGAAUUAAUGUCAUAAUCAGAAUUUAUUACUGAUCUUACUUCAUAUUUGGCGCACAAAUAAUGAAAGUGCACUUUGCUAACGUGUAUAAGUAUAUUAAGAUGUACAAAAUAAUAUUUAUUUAAUUUAUUGCGAUGUGAUAUUGUAAUUUUCGAAUAUAUAGUUUGUCCAAAUAAGUGUAAAAAAUGAACAAAUGUAUUUUCUUGUUGAUAGUGCUAUUUUAUGGAUUAUUAAAAUACAAAAAGAGUUAGAAGCUUCAAUAGUUCGAUCCUCGCCCCAUUGCACUAUUGUCGUACCCACUCCUUAUACAGUCUUUCCCGACUAGUUGGAGGGAAUGGGAUUUUGGGGAGGGAAAAAAAAUAUUGAGUGAAACGAAUAUCUUAGCUUUCCAUGGAUUCACCGUGCGCGUGCCGGGUCCAUCGCGUGGCAGGAAGAAAAAUUCCGAGCAGAGUCCUGGACUUGUGACCAAUGAGCGUAGGGUUAAAGAAUUCUUUGACAACCGAUUAACACUCCCCUUCUCCGGUCGUUAUGAUUUUUACGUAGAGAACGUUGUCUAAGGGUGGCCGCUCACUGGCAAUUUUUAGUUGGCCGACUAUUGAGCAACUAAGUUGCCAACGCUUACAACUUAGUUGCGCAACUUUUUAAUUUUUAUGGGUAGUGGCACCAAAACCGACCCCGUGACCGGACCCCAAUAUAUAAAAACGGUUGUGCUAAAAUCCCGAAAAUAAAAUAAUACGCUACUUACACGUACGCAAUAUUUUUACCCACACAUAACAAUGUUUUCACUAUAAGUGUAAAUACAAACUUAGGGACAUUAUUUUUCAACUUUUAAGCAGAUAAAAACUAAAUUUCUACUUUUUAUUCCUUAGCUUUUUCGGUUAAUAAUAAUCAUAGGACAUAGUUUAUAGACUAGUAUAUAAAUGAUAAAAUUAUUAGAGUUCGUUCAUAAUUAGGACUCAGUGUUCAACUACUGUGGUAAAUCCCCAAACUUGGCAAUCAAAUUACUCUUUUUAUAACUUAUCGGGAACUAGGACUUUUCCAUUUCAUUUGGUCAAAUCUUAAUUAUAUAUGGAAUUAUUUAGUAAACUCAAUAAACGUCAUUGUCAUGAAAUAUUUGUCUUACAUGCAUUUAAAGUUGGCCAAAACGCUUAAACGUUCAUCUUUUGGUGUCACUACCCUAAUCGAAAGUAAUCCCUACUCUGAUACGAUCGGCGUCCAAUUUAUUAGUUGCGGCGAUUUAGUCGCUGUAAAUGUGCGUGCUGUCGUAUAUCGCUAUACCUGUUAGUAUACUUGGCAACUUAGUCGGCCGACUAAAAGUUGCCAGUGAGUGGGGGCUCUUAGGCUUUUAGUCGAAGGUUCUUUUUUAUCAGUGGCGUUAAGUUGCAGACAAAUCUGAGACUACAUUUUUGUAAACUAUUUUGAAUAGGUAUCUAGUUCCACUUGUAGAACUUGUACUGCUUCAUAAAAUGAUAUAAACAUAUAUUUAUUCAUACAAUAGAUAAUUAUUAAAUAAUUGUAAAGAAAGAUAACCGAAUUAGUUCAUUUAUUUUUAUUUAUUUAAUUUAAACUUUGGAAAAUACACAGACCAAAACGUAGAUAUCAAAAAUUAAAAAACGAUAAUGUAUCUAUCGUUUUUCUAAUUUUUGAUAUCUAUUUGAUUCUAAGAUUGAGAAAAGCCAAAAACUAAAUUAAUAGUCAUCUUUGUAAAUAAAAUCUUGUAGAUAGUAUAAAUUUUGGAUCUAGAAAUUUACAUUUUGGAGAUUUGUGGACAUUAACCAAAUUAUAUCAAAUGUAUUUUCAUUACCCGACUACAAGAAGGGUUAUUAUAACAGCCAAUUGACAGUUUCGCAGCGCAGAAGUCGCGGCAUAAUCUAUGUCAGAGAUAGCGAACCUUCGAUAUGUUGUGAACCUCUCUUUACUCAGUCGAAAAAAUUUUUUUUAACAUUACAUCUGCUUCGGUGGACUUUUUAUCACCUGAAAUUCCUGAAUUAUGUACAUUAGGAAGGCUGACUAAGUCGUGAAAUAAAAUCAUAUUUUUAGGUGUAUUCAAAGGUGCGCCAUCUCUGACCUUAUUCAUUGCGACUUUGCGACAGUCGCGUAGUCGAGUAGUCGCGGCGUCAUGGUCGUGUAUAUUUGUUAAAUACGAGAAGGUACGUCUACGACGAUAAGCAGCACUAAUUGUAACGACAUUUUUAUUACUCGACAGUGUGAGUUUCAAAUCAGUCUUCAUCUGUCUUUGUCUUAUAUCAUACUAUAGAAUAUAGAUAAAGAGAGAUAAAGACGAAUUUAAAACUCGUUCUGUCGAGUUAUCGUUACAGAAUUGUGCCUUAAAAGCCGCUGUAAAAGCGCUUUCAAAUUCUGACAUUUAUAUUAUGAAUUCUACCAAGACGUCGUAAUCAUCCUAUAUUAUUUAUUAAAAUUAAAUUUUGAAUUGUUCAUAAAAUAUACCUACAUAUGAAUAAUUAUACUAUCAGUUGUAUUGCUGUGAAUUUUAAACAUAUUAAUUAUAAAUGUAAAUAAACAUAUUGAAAUGAAGAAA